UGCCAACCAAGCAGAUGACCAAUAAACAGAGAGAAAAGCAGUAAUAUAGGAGUUGGUUACCAAAACAGAGAGAGGAAAAACAGAUAAACUAAACUAGUCAAUCCAAGAACAAUAAACAAGAACAAAACUGCACAAUAAAUAACGAAAGAUGUAAUUCCAAACUCAUAGUUAUUUGAAUCUUUAACAUCUGCAAGAAGAGAAGAAUAUGGAUUCGGGGCCUUCGUGGGCUGAUCAAUGGGAUUAUAACAACCCUGACCCUCUUCCGAGUACGAUGCAAGAAGAUGAGAGCAAAAAGAAGAACAAGAAGAAGAAGAAGGAAGAGGAUGGAAGCAAAAGCAGUCUUGGGAAGACAUUACUUGGGUUCAAAUGGAUGAAGGAGCUCCGCAAGAAACCUGAAAAGUGAUUAGUAAAGAGAUGUUUAAUAACAUUCACCUUUGAUACUCGUUAUUCUUUUGUAAUUACCAUUCUCUCUUCUUCAUCUCUCUUUAGCUUUAGUGCUUUACUCCAGUAACCGUUUUAACGAUCAUUAAAAGGCAAAAGAAUUCAGGCAAUGCAAACGAGAAAUUAACCAAAA